GCUCAACAUGCAGAGUGCAUGAAGCGGCACCCAACAAUAGAUUUGGAAAUUGAUGAACGACCUCAACUUACAAUCUCGCAGCUAUCGUGGUUCCGGUCCAUGUAUCGCACCUGUCUUUGAGAGCCGACUACUUGAUCAAUAAUUGAUAGAUGGAAGCGCGAUCCUCUUUGUUCCCAGAAGUAACAAAGUCUUUACGACCUGCUUGCCCCACUACCUCCUGAGCACAAGCCAGUCGAAGGCGAAACCGAAGUAAGUAGAGGCUCCGCAUCAUGUAGUACUUGAGUAGACACAAAUGCCACCAGUUUCAGGCAACUACACACUAUUUGAUGAUUUUCUGAAAUCAGGCGACAAAAAAAGCGCUAUUUAUGAAAUCACACUUCUAAUCCUAGACCUAAUGGGCGAUAAUUUCUAUGAUAGUUUGACGUCUUCAAUUUAUAUUUACUAGACCUAAUAGUUUUGACGUCUUCAAUCUAGACCUAAUGGGCGACAUGAGUUUGACGUCUUCAAUUUAAUUUAUUGCCUGAGACACAUAAUUUCCCUCUACCUUAAGCGACACGAAAGUAAGUAAAUCCUUUCUACAACACUAUGUGGGGCCAGCAGCAGAUGACCGGCGGGAGCUCGAGCUCCUCCUUUCCCCGGGGCGGUAUGUCCGGUGGGAAGGGAGGCAACCGAAACAACAUGAACAAAGCGCAUCCCUACCCAACCCUCAACAAAUACAACACGCGGAACCCUAACAUGAUGUACAACCAGCGGAACCAGGACGAAAUUGCCCAGUUUUCCUUCAACUUCGCAAAUCUCAUGGCGGCGGAACGCCGUGAGGAGCUCGCGGUUUGUGUCUCCAUCCGCGGCCCGGACUGGGGGGACAAGCAGCAAAUGGUCCGGGGAAAAACGAAGGAGGCAAUAGAAGCGAGCGUUAUGGGAUUCUCAAACGUUACACUCUCAACUGUUACAUGAUUUGUCAUGCAAAAUGACGGCCAACAUUCUCACAGUCAAGCUACUUCGCAUGACAAAUUUUCGAAAGGCUAAACAGCAACUAGAUAUUUGUCAUGCUACAGGUGCAACCUCCCCUCUUUGACUUUUCAUCCCAUUCUUGCAUUACAAAUUCAUGCAACAGUUGAGAAUGUAACAGUUGAGAACUCCAUAAGCGUGCAGCGGGGAAUUGACCAGCUCUCGUUCGCGCAGAACGGGUAUGAACUGCAAAAGUAUUGACGUACUAGUAGUACUUGCAAUACAAAUCUUCUCAGAAUGAGAGAGGAAAUCUGUCAUGCUGAUUUGCCUUGAGGAAGAGACUUGUCAUGCACGAUUGCGAUAACUGCUACGAGUACGAUACUUUUGCACUUCAUGAUGGGUCCCCGUUUUCGAAAAAUUUCGAGGACGCAAAAGAAAUGAAAAAGCCGUUGUCCUCUUUUGUCGUAAACUACGUGAAGAUGGUCAAGAUCUACUGCGAGGCGCUGCACUACGGUCUGAACCCAAAGGCAAAACCACUGAUGUGCGAGAGCUUGCGUACUACAGACUAUGAUGCUAGCUUUUAUCUAGAAAUAAGCGUUGUUUGUCUAAUGUCUUCUUUUUUUGAUCCGAUGUUGAUGUUGCCUCCUCACUAGUUGUAUGUAUUCACUGAAAAGUAGCAAAAGCGGCCUUUAUAAUUUCCUCCAAAUAACAGAACACUGCUACCUCGCACUCCGGGACUGGUCGACCUUGUACUGCAACACCAGAGACCAGUACGAGAACCACAUCUGGAUGAUACCGGCUUUCCAAGUGCUUCUCGCCUGGGCCCGGGAGCAGGCGGAAAACAUCGACUUACACUUCAACUCCCAAUCAACGGACACCAAUGAAAACAUGAACAAGCUGGUUGAGCACCUCCGAAAAAUCUUCGGAGAGAUGGUCCGGGAGAAGCAGAAGCGCGCCGGGUUUUUGUCGACGACCACAGAAUUGGUUCGGUGCUGCCUCGCGAUGUUCCAGGUGUCGCUAGUCGAGCAAAUUUUGCGAAACGUGCAGCAGCUCGAGCAGCUGCAUUUGCAGCAGAUGGGCAUAAAACCGGGCGACAAGAUAUUCUGAGUAAAAACGUUCCCACCCCCCAGAGUUGUCAUGCAAAUCUGCAUGCCGAAAAAGUGUCUCAUGCGACGCCCCAUGAGAGCCAUUUUCUAGUCGUGUUGUGGAAUUUGUGAUGCUCGAAUUAGCAUGCUGGGCUAGAUCUGUGAUGCUUCGGAACUAGCUAAACAGGAUUACAAUACGGGGACAGACAUGUCAUGCGAAACAACCAAAGCUGGUGGAUUUGUCUAGCAGAUUUCCCAUCUUGCCUCUGGUGUGGGAACAGUUUUAGUCAGGAUACAAGAGCCUGAAGAGGAUGGGACCGGGCUUCCCAACGGCCGGAGUUCCUCCCGCUGUCAGUGUCACGCUCAGUUACUACUGGGGUGUUUGUCUGGUAAACUGAGAAGUUUUUGGUGUUUAUUCUACCUUUAUUGAUUUUCGAUCGGAGCUGUUCAUUUUGAUGAAAAUCGAAACGCGGAGACAGUAGCUCUGGUGUUGUAUCAUGAUAUCUUGUAAAGUACGAGAAGUAGCGCUGUGUGUUAUGUUGUGAUGUUUUGCGCGUUGAAAUCAAACGAAACUGGUCUCCAGGUCCAAUCCGGCAAUUACGCUGAGGCGGAGCGGAAAAUUUCCUGGGGCUACAGCCAGCUGAUGCGGGACAGUUUCAACUCCAACAUGUUUUUAUGCAUUGCACAAGUAUCGCCUUUAGUAGAAAUCACAUGGCAAAUUUUUCCAAAAGCGACAAUGAAAUUUGUAAUGCAGCUUCAGGGAUGAAAAGAGCAGAUCUGUCAUGCAAGACUUCCAUUUAUACGAAUGCGAUGCUUUUGCAGUGCAUAGCUUCCCCAAACCUCAUCCACCAUGAACUUGAUCUCUGGCGCGACGCGAAACGACCACUACGAGCAGAAAAGGCAGAUGCUGCAUUUCUUGAUCCCGUUGAGGAUACGGAAAGGGUAUUUGCCGUCGAAGGCUCUUUUGAAAAAGUACGAGCUGGAGGCAAUUUUCGGUCGGAUCAUCAACGCGAUAAAAGCGGGGGAUUUGGUGAAAUACGAGAAGGCCAGCCAGGACCAGACACUGGUUUUUGUCAAACUUGGUAUAGUUUUUAGAUGAUUUCUUCUUGUCGUGGUGUUUGAUUCAUGAUUCUGACAUGGUUCUGUCGUAAUUGUGUUGCUGUUGCUGUAGCCCCCACGACACUGCAAGAAAGCAUCAGUCCCUUGCUAGUGGUAUCUAUGCUUCUUCUUGACUACUUCCUUACAAGGCAAAAACAACUUUCCCCGAAUUGUGAAACUAUCCAGGUAUCGUGAAUCUGAUGUCCCAAGUGAAGCACAUUGUGACUCGGCAGUUCAUUCGCAGAAUCAUCAAGUGUCACGAGCUCUGCACGGCGCAGAUGCAGACUGAGUUUCCCGAACUCUACCCCAAACCCGCCGCGCCGCCGAAGUCCCUGAAGAUUGACCUGUCUUUGGUCGUUUCCUGCUUCCGACAGUUUUUGAUCUCGGAGUGCCCGACGAAGGUCCAAACGGAGGAUAUCACGGCCCAGUACGACUCUGCUGCAGAGGUCGAAACGGUGCUGAGCCAGCUGAUAAGCUACGGGGGGAUGAAGGGGUACCUGACGAUACACCACAACAAGUUGGUGGUGCCGAGAGAAAACUGUUUUCCGCGAGUUGAAGACUUCUGCAUGCAGAUGGACGCGACAGUCUACGUCUGAUGUUGAAGAAUCAAAAUUUCAAGCGACUGAAUAAAAUUAGCGGAACAAAUACACAUACAGACAUGAAAAGAAAAGAAACUGCUGUGGACGAGAU